AUGACCAUCAUAUCGCUACACAAUCCGCCUCAAACUACAGGGCGAAAGGGCAACAGCACCUGGGAUGACGACGAAGAACACGGCUUGAUGAGUGGUCUAGGAGCCUUAAGCUCCAUCCUGCGGUUAUACUCUCGUGGACCAGAAACGGAAGCUCGAAUUUAUCCCAAUAAACGUUCACGACGCAAUGAUCGAAGAAAAAAGAGCAUACAAUCUGGUGCUCAAAAGACUGAUCGAAGCGAAACAGGUGCCGAGCAUACAGCAGAUGACACCGAAGACGACCGGGCGAGCACAUCUAGCAGACUUCGAUCCAGGAUGCGUCGUAGGAGGCGAAAGUCGGUCACAGUUCAGGUUGCCAGCGUACUCGAGAGACAAGCUUACAUCCUCAAAUUAUCCAAAGCACUUCUUCGAUUUGGCUCACCCGGACAUAGGCUCGUCACUCAGCUUGAAACGGCUGCUGCUGCGCUUGAUCUCAGAGCAGGCUUUUACAAUAUGCCAACAUUGAUCUUUGUCACAUUUGGUGAUCAUGGCACACAUACGUCUGAGAUUCAUUUCGUUAAGGCUACUGGAGGACUCGAUUUGGGAAGGUUGCCUCGUUGCGCUGAAAUUUACAAGCAGGUCAACUAUUCUCAGAUCGACGUCAAGGAAGGUAUCAAACAGCUCAAUAAUCUCCUCAACGAGCAGCCUCCUUGGAAUAUUCGAGACAGGAUCAUCUUUGCAUCGUUGCAAUCAUGUCUCUUGUGUAUCAUGGCCUUCAACGGUAGCAUUGCGGACGCUGCGAUCUGUCUUAUUUAUGGGGCCUUCUUUGGAUAUAUGGCUCUUCAUGUGCACAAGUCCGCUACCGACAUGUACACUAACAUUUUCGAGAUAUCAAUGGCAACAAUUUUCUCAUUUCUGAGUCGUGCAUUGGCCUCCACCGAUAGGUUCUGCUAUCAGAGUCUCACGAGUGCUGGUCUUGUAGUAUCAGGUGCUUUGGAACUCGCGUCCAAGAAUAUGAUCAACGGUUCAGUGAAAUUGGUAUAUGCAGUCAUAUACAGCCUCUUUUUGGGGUUCGGUACGGUCAUUGGUUCCGAUAUGUUUUUACUUCUUGUUCCCAGCGCAAGAUCUGACUUGAAUCAGGUAGUUGCCAACACCCAAGGCCGUUUGACUGUCACUGGAAUCUUUACCUCGACUGUUGCCAAUAUGGCCGGUGAUCUAACCGGUUUAUUCACAGUCGCCAAUACGACUAUUGUCGGCGCUGCUACAUCCGUUAGCUCGCUCGAGAAAGGUUCAAUCACGUGCUUCAGACGCCCUGAAGAUCCAUGGUGGACUCAAUCUGCGCUUUUCACGCCCUACAUUCUAAUUGGAAUAGUACCUGCCUUCGCCUUCCUUCAGUCUGUUGCAAAUGGACAGCCUCUCAGAGAUCGGCAAAUAAUAGCGCAAGUUGUUAUAUCCUCUUGUGGGUUUCUUGCAAACUACUCGGCCAAUAAAUUCAUUUUCGCCGAUACAGACGUCGUAUCCUUCGCAGGUUCAUUUGCUGUGGCAACAAUGGGAAAUCUUUACGCGAGGUUUUUUCACAAGAUCGCGUACACGAGUAUGGCCACUGGUGUGAUGUUCCUACUUCCUGGAGGAUUGGCUGCAGCCGGUGGUCUUUCCAUGACCUAUAUGGAGGGUCAAAAUGACAAUUAUGCCGGGAUUAGUCUGGCUCUGCGCAUGAUCGAUGUUGCAAUUGGGAUCACCGUGGGAUUGUACACCUCCACUUUCCUCAUCAAUGCCAUAGGAGUAAAGGGUAGUGGUGCUUUCUCGUGGUGA